GCAGACAGGAACGGGCGCAGACAGAGGAAACGGUGGGAAAGGUUGCACCAAACAGCUGCGGUCCGCCCGACUGUUUUUAUCCAACAUUGUGCAGUGGGAUCUGUUACCUUGUUACCUUCACACGGCACCACAGCCUCGCUCGGCCUCAUGUUGAACGGGGACGUGUCUCGAGGGGCCGGGCAGUCCGGCACGCUGGAGGAAACCCUGCAGCAGAUGAACAUCCUGAUCCAGGAGAACCGAGACCUGAAGGAGGCUCUGCGGCAGACCAACCUGUCGAUGAAGGAGCGCUUCGAGGGUUUGUCUGCGUGGCGGGAGAAGCAGAAGAAGGAGCGUGACUUCCUGGAGUCGCGGCUGGAGGAGGCGCGGGACCGCAUGGAGACGCUGAGCCGCCACAACCAGGAGCUGAGCAGGAGGCUGGAGGAGCGGGGGGGCCCGGGGCCCGAGGGGGCGCAGGCGGCGUCAGCCAAUCAGAGAGCAGAGCUGGAGGGCCUGCGCGCCCAGUUGGCCCGUCUGCAGGCGGAGAAGAACGACCUGGUGGCUCUGAACUCGGAGCUGCAGCUGAAGGCCAGCCAGGGCUCGUCUGACGACUCCUUCAUCGAGGUCAUCAAGGUCACGGACGGGCAGGUGGACGCCGUGCGGGGCGUGUGCAGCGGCGAGCGCGGCGGCGGCGGUGGCCGUCUGGAGGUCAGCAUGACGGCGUCGCGGCUGGAGAGCGAGGAGCUGACGGUGAGCCAGCUGCUGCAGUCGCUCAGGAACGAGACCCAGAAGGCCGAGCGGCUGCAGGCCGAGCUGCAGGCCGCGUGGGCCAGGGUCACAGAGCUGGAGAGCCGCAGCAGCACAGACACAUCAACACAGACCACAGACACCCAGGAGGAUUCUGGGAAGGAGGAGAAGGCGGAGUCUGAGGUGGAGAACCUGAAGGCUCAGAUGAUGACUCUGUUCAAAGAGCUGCAGCAGGCGCAGAGCAAACUGGACGAGGCCGAGGGCAUGAAGAAGAACCUGCAGGACAGGUGUCGGGAGGUGGAGCAGGACGUGGCCACGCUGCGCGCUCAGCUGCACGACAGGCAGGCCGUGCAGAGCGAGAACGAGCGGCUCAAGGUGCAGCUGGACAGCAUGCAGUCCCAGAACCAGCUGGAGCAGAGGAAGGCCGGCGAGGACAGGAACAACCUGGCCCAGCUGAAGGACGCCUACACCAAACUGUUUGAGGACUACAACGAGCUCAAAGACGACAAGAAGAAGAGAGAGAAGGAGCUGGUGGACGAGCUGCAGGGCCGCCUGGACGCCGCGGAGCAGGCCCUGGCCACCAAGCAGGAGAGGAUCGACGCCAUGAAGCAGGAGAUCUACCAGAAGGAGAAGGAGCUGGAGACCAUCUCUGUGUUCCAGGCCCAGGCGGAGGUUUACUCCUCGGACUUCUACGCCGAGCGAGCGGCGAGGGAGAAGAUCCAUGAGGAGAAGGAGCGCCUGGCCGCCCAGCUGGAGUUUGUGAAGAAGCAGAACACACAGCUGCAGGAGGAGAUGGACUCGCUGGGCAGGAAGUCGCUGAACGAGAUGCAGAGGAGACACGUGUCGCGAGGAAGCAAUCCACACGGGGGCGCCGCUGCUCCCACCGGGAGAGGCGGUGACAGCUGGCAGCAGCAGGGGAACAUACCCGAACACGCCUGUCCCAAGUGCAACGAGAUCCUGCCCGACCUGGACUCCCUGCAGAUCCACAUCAUGGACUGCAUCAUCUGAGCCUCGGCCGUCACAAACAAACAACAACAAACAACAACAACAACAACAAACAACAACAUCAUCAACAACAUCAACAACAACAACAGCAGCAUGGACUCCCACAGUAGCACCUUAAUCUGAGUCUUCCUCUGCUUCCAGAUGUGCUCCUUCUUUAACGCUCCACACUCCCCGAUACAAACAGAGAAAUGUGCCGCUCACGCCGACGCUCGGUGCCGCCAUUCAUGAGCGACGCGGCCGCGCUGGUGGAGGACGGACGGACGGCAGGAAGAACACGACGUGACGCUGGAGGGUUUUAACACCGUGAUCACACGUCUAAAAAACACACAGGAAGAGAAUUAACCCCUUAUCAUCCCCAUGGCCCCGGCCCACCGGCUGCCUGUCAGAGGCUGUAGACGAUUUCAAAUUAAAAAAACUCAGUGGUGUCAUGAAACUAGGCGACCUAAGAAACAAUUGAUAACAAGCUUGUCAUGCCAGUUUGUUGGUAAACGGGUUAAAUAUUGCUGCAUAUUUUGGCGAGGCGAAAAACUGAGGCAUGUCUGUUUCCACCUUGACCUCUGACCUCCAGAUGUGUGAAUGAAAAUGGGUUCUCUCCCCUUUGCAGACGCGCCCACCUUCUGCUAAUCCCGUGCAGUUUGGGCCCCAAAGCCUGCAUCUAAAUCAAGAAUUCAAUUUGAUUCCUGUGUGAUGAUGUUAGCAGCCGUUUCACUGGAGUCAGCGCUCGACAUCGAAUCGAUGAAAAAUACAAUUCUUACAGAAAAUCUCCAAACAGAAAACGUUUUUGGCGCCAAAUCAAAGCCUGAAUUUUUUCCUGUGGUGUUCCUCCAGGUCUUGGCGUCCUAACAUUGGGAUUCUGGAGGGAUUUUUGACCAUUUUUAUGAAUUCUCCAGUCAUCAAAAAUGGUUAAAUUUCCCACCAAAUCUGUGCAAACAAAUGGAAUCAACCCAAAAAUUGAACAUGGCAGUGGCUUCAUGUGCUCCCAUCGUACUGCUGUAACCCUUAUAGACUCUAAAUAAAUUUUAAAAAAAUAAUAAAGAGACAUUGUUUAUUAGAUUUAUGACUGUAAUAACUUGACGCUAAAAUGGACCUAAAGAAAAGGGUGGGAUGGUAAGGGGUUAAUAAUUUCCAGGUGACUGUAAAUUAACCACCUGAUACAGACACAGGUGAGGUUUGAUGUUUGAAACCCGGCGUGUUGAUUGAUUUCCGCGUCACGUGGCGUUCAGCCGUCAACGAGCAGGUAAAAUAAUCAACCAAAGUUCAGCCUUUUAGGAGUCUAAAUCUUGUUUAGCACUGUGAGCAUCCGAGUUCCUUUAUUCUUGGGUAAGUUUCUUAAUCGUAUCAAAAUGAGGAGAAGAAGAAAAAAAAAAAAAAGCAUCUAUUUUAUGUGUUUUCAAGUCUCUUUUAGCCGGAUAUUCAGGUUGUUGGUGUUUAGUGGACAGAAGGGACAUGGACACCACAUAGGCACUUUAAAUGUUGAGAAAUAAUAUAUAUAUUUUUUAUUUCUUUUGACUCUGCGGUGUAAUCUCAAGACAUUUGACUGGAUAAUCGGUUUUACUGAGCAGCAGAUUACUGAGCUCACCCUGUAACCCUGUAGGCCUUCUGCUUUAACUCUGUGAAUAAAAUCCAAUGGUUUGCCAGUA